AUGGGUUCAGAAGAAAAUACACCUCAAAUUCCGUCACGGAAAAAGUCUUCUUUGUCUUUUUCAGGUUAUAUUGGAGAUGAUGAUUUAGAAUUUUCAAUUUUAACAUUUUUCGGUGUAUUCGAUUCUAUUUCUAAUGUUCCUAUAAAGACAUUAGGCAGUUUAAAUCGUCAUGUUCGUAAAAAAAGAGAUGAAUUCAGGGAAAAUAAGGUUAGGCCUUUACAAAGGAAAGUUGAUAAAGAACUGGAGAAACUGAAAGGGCGUAUAGCGGAUAAAGUUGAUAAAUUGCAAAAAAAAUGGGUAGAUGGAAAUGUUGUUAGGGCAAGAGAUAAAGUUGCUUUUGUUCUUGGUGUUGGGAAUGUGUUCUUUAGUGCUUUAUUAAUGGGGAUGAUUCCUCAAAAUUUUCAUGUUUGGUAUUCUGUUCAAAUUUUAUAUUUUAUGCCUUUAAGAUAUAUUACAUAUCAUCGUAAAGGAAUGCAUUAUUUCAUUGCUGAUCUUUGCUAUUGGGUUAAUAUGAUGCUUCUUGUUUAUCUUUGGAUUCUUCCUUCUUCAAAAUUUCUUCUCGUGUCUACAUAUUUUCUUUCUUUUGGGCCAUUAUCAUGGGCAAUUAUUGCUUGGAAAAAUUCUCUUGUUUUUCAUUCUAUGGAUAAAGUUACAAGCUUAUUUAUUCAUAUAUUUCCUCCAACUGUUCUGCAUACAAUUAUUCAUAUUGUUCCAGCUGGUUAUACUUAUAAAAGGUUUCCCGCAUUGGGGAAAUUGGAGCAUAUUGAUAUUUUUCCUGCAUUUAUAGCGACUUCUAUAGCCUAUUUUGUUUGGCAGAUUUUAUAUUAUAUUUUUAUUCAAGUUAGAAGACGUGAGAAGAUUUCCGCUGGAAGGCCUACAUCUUUUACAUGGCUUUUAAAAAGUUAUUCGAAAACAUGGAUAGGAAAGCUCGUAUUGAAACUUCCUGAGCCUACUCGACCUUUUGCUUUUAUGGCAAUACAGUAUAUUUAUACAUUAAUAACUAUGGCUCCAUGUCCUUGGUGGUAUUCUCAUAAAAAAUCAUCAACAAUAUUUUUAAUAUCUUUAUUUGCAUGGAGUGUUUGGAAUGGUGCUUCAUAUUAUGUUGAUGUAUUUGGUCGACGUUUCCAAAAAGAAUUAGAAGAUCUUCGGAGAGAAGUUAGUACUUAUGAAAACCCUAAUACGCCUUAUCUAUCGAAAGUUGAUGAUAUAGUGAUUUCUGGCGAUUCUUUUUUAAAUACAUGUUCCAAUGCGUUAAAAACAGAAUUUCAAUUAAAUGAAUUUGUUAAUUCUGAUGUAAAUGAUAAUAAUGAGAUUAAUUAUUUGCGUAAAAGAUAA